UCGAGCGCUGCAGUGCGCGUGACAGCCGAUCGUCGUGGUUACCUGGGAAAACCGGCUGAGAUGGAGGACGGUCAGCAUCGCUUCCACUCGGUCCACAGCACGGAACCCGCGUGCAGACCGCUCGUUUUCGGAACCUUAGUUGUUAUGGGACUGCUACAAGUUACGUCUAGCGUGGCAAUACUGUUACACCUAACGGGUUACCUGAACGAGGUAGGUUUUUCCUCGGCCCAGCAGAAGCCAUUAGAGGAGGUGGAGACUGCUCCAGUCAUUGCUGACGCACUCAAAGAUCCCCGAAAGAAGGAUAGGCCAAGGUGCACGAAAAUCCCAAGAGAAGUCCCACCCACUGCUCACCUUCCCAUAAGAGUACCUAUUGACUAUGUCCAGAAAGGAGAAAUACAGCCUGUGAUGAUCCAGUGGAAUGAAGCCCAAGGACACCUGGAAAAACUUGACUAUCACAACGGACGACUGUUGGUCAAGGAAGGAGGGCUCUACUACAUUUAUGCCAAGACAUGCUUCCGGUAUUAUGACAUGGAGGCUGAAUCUGGGAACGAUUAUCUGCAGGAUGGCAAUGCACAGCUAAUCCAGUACAUCUACCAUGAGAGGCACACCCAGCGACCAGUGAAGGCCACAGUGCUGAUGAAGAGUGGCAGUACUAAGCGCUGGAAGAAGGUGGGAUACAACAUGUACUGUGAGCAGCAGGGGGGACUCUUCAUACUGAAGGAGGGAGAUGGUCUCUUUGUCAGCGUGUCUAAUUCAUGGAUGCUGGAUCCGGAGCCUGAAGGGGGCUACUUUGGUGCCUUCAAGAUCAGCAACUGACGCAGCCUUUUGCGUGGCUCAGUCAGAGAAAGUGCACAUCCUGGGCACAGACUGGGCCCUGCAGCUUAGAUCACAGUUCCAAUCCGGACUGUGGCAUUCAACCUCUGGUGGCUAAACAAACUGGCAUAAUUUUGCCGAGGAAGAGUGUCUUGGCUGUCCACCACAAUGCGACUUUGUUGGUCUGUCAGGUGCCUGAGAGUCGCUAAGUGCCAGCAGUGAGUCUUUUCCAGUUAGUACCUCGUAGUCCUGCAUGACAAUGUCACACUCGCAGAGUGUGAAAAGAAGGUUGAAUUGGCAGGGGCGUGAAUCGAACGAGAGAUUCAUAGUAGUGAUGAAGUCUGUGUGGACAGCCAAGGCUGAGGGUGAGCUUGGAGGCCAGAAAUAUGUAGCUGAAAAAUGAGGGGGAAAAAAAAACAAUGAUUGAGAAGUUUCUUAGAAAAUCCAGUUCUCUGCUGCUGAAUGUAUGUGGGCAACUGUGCCUUAUGAACAUUUCCAGAAUGAGCAAGAACCACUGAGCACUGUGCACGGCAUAUUUUGGCAGUGGUGUUUUUCACACUUCCUGAAAGCUGAAUUUGUCACUCCAAUUUUUUACAAAGCCAAUGUCAUAUUUCCCUUUAACUGUUACAACAUCCAUAAAAUAAAAAUCCAAUUAAAAAAAUCCAAUUAAUUAUAAAAUCCAAUAAUAAAAUUGGAUUUUUACACCUGAAAAUUCAAAAUAACUGCUGCCUUCUGUAGACUUGUAUUUGACAGCAGCAGUCAGUGUUCAUCUUUUACCAAAGGCCUGGACAGUUCUCUGUCAGCAGAGUUUCACAGCAUCUAAAAAAACUUGAGAUUUUAAUAUGUUGCUUAACUAUAGCCCUUCCACUGCAUCUUUUUUUUUUAAAAAAAAAAAAAAAAAAACUUUUAAGCAGUAUGUUAAAGAAAAUUGUUUUGUUAAUGUUUACACCAUGAGGCUAGUUUAAAGAAAACACCAUCUAUAACAAUUAUUUUCAAUAAGAAUGGAGGACAGCAAAAAAAGAAGAAAUGGGGGGUGGAUGGUGGAGUGUCUUAAAUCUGCUGUUAAUACUACCUGACAAAACACAAGCAUGUUACGCUAAUAAAAUACACCCCUGGUGUGAAGUAAACAACUUCAAAACGUGUAAAUUACUCAAACUGGGUAGGACAUUUUAUUAUACCCCCAUCAAGCGCUAAUGAUUUCAAGGUGAAGGUAGAGGAGGGAAGAGAGGACUGCAGUCUUGGACUUCGGAAACAUUGUUUCUUGGGGACCACAGGUGCCUACAGAGAGCAAAAGAGGGCCAGGAUGGAUAUAUGUAUGCCAUAGUGGGCAAAGAUAAUUCUGUUCCAGUAUUUCCCUAUAGCAUCAAUAUGAGCACUUUCUAUCAAGUACGGUAAAAAUAAAUCUAAAGAUGUUUGUUUCACAUAUUGGUAUUUUUAAAACGAAUUGAUCUGCUGUCUUUUCUUAAAUGAGGCUGUUAUACUAAAUCACCUAAGAGAAGGUUAGCCUAAACAAAAUUGUCAGAUGACGUUCUUCGCAUAGGUGCAACAAUGUCUACAUUUAUUAGUGACGGCAUGGAGGGAGAGGUCAAACAUAUGUCAUUGAUCACACCCCCAUCUGAAAAAAUUUGCUUUAGAGGAGUUCCAAAAUCAAAAUGCCAGUGGGGGGGAGGGGGAAUGUAAGACAGCUGGACUGUCUGCCAGUCAUGGUGAAAACAGACUAUCUAGAUCAAGAAGUGGGAUCAAACUGAGUUUGGUAGAGUUUUAAUUUAAAAUGGAAGAAAAGUUCUUUUCUCAUUUCCACUUUGUGUCGAGAAAUGGGAAAAUGCACUAAAUGUAUUUAUUUAUUUGAUUAAUAACUAAGUCCCAGACACAGUUGUACAAUGUACCGCCUGUUGAAAACUGAAUCUUUGCUGUUUGUGUGCAUUGGUUAGUUUUCAUGUAAAAGGUCGGGUUUUAAUAUAACACAGGUGCUCCAGUAUUUUAAAUAUAUCAUAUGGAGUGGUCACUGAAAAAGAAAGUUAUGCAUCAGUAUAUGAUAAUGUACAGAUACAUAACAAACAUGACAAUUCUGUGUGCAAGACAUUUGCCAAAACAGAAGGUUGCAUUCAUUGGGACAUGAAGUUUUAAGUUAUGUUUAAGAAAUGCUUACACUUUUUUUACUCUUAUUUAUACAAACUUGUUUUCAC